UCGGGAUAUCAGUGCUCAACAAGUUACGGCUGGUGGUUGCAGUGUUGUGGUGGUGGUUGCAUUCGUCGUGGUUUACAGCCGAUUGCCGUGAAAAUGGCACUACAGGACAACCAAGGAACUGGCAAAGGACUCUUCCAAAUUCGUGCUAGAAAUCGUCAGUUUGAUGGGUUCGAUAAAGAACAUGAAAGGACAUGGAGAGGGCCAUUCACGUUCAUCGCUUCAGCUGAUAUACAGUUUGGUAUGUCAGCCGCAUGGGACGACCCUACAGUACAGGAUUGCGAGCCAGAGGUGAAGCUGAUGAGGAAAGGGAUUGAAAAGAUUAAUAAGAUGCAACCGAGCCCACGAUUCCUCGUCGUACUCGGUGAUCUGAUUGACGCAAACCCAGGUACUGCAGGAAGCGAUGGUCAGGUGACGUCUUUCAUAGAGGAAUCGAAUCGUCUAAAUCCAUGCAUACCGCUCGUUUGCUUACCGGGAAAUCACGAUAUCGGUGACGUUCCAACACCUGAAGACAUUCAAUCCUACAGAAAUACAUUUGGGGAUGAUUACUUCGCAUUCUGGGUUGGCGGGGUGAGGUUUAUCGUCCUCAACUCGCAGCUGUUUGCCGACUCCAGCAAAUGCGAGGAAGUGAAGAGGGAGCAAGACCUAUGGCUGGAUCAACAGCUUGAAGACGCACAAUCCUCUGGUUGUAAACACAUCGUUGUGUUUCAGCACAUCCCAUGGUUCUUGAAAACGCCGGAGGAAGACAACGAUUAUUUUAAUACUGACCUCAGCAAGAGAACGCCAAUGUUGAAAAAGCUACAUGAAGCUGGAGUGCGCAUAAUCUUCAGUGGUCAUUACCAUCGUCGAGCUGGGGGUUUCUACAAAGAAAUGGAGCAUGUUGUCGCUUCAGCGUGGGGUUUCCCACUAGGGGAGGAUAAGUCCGGAGCGUACGUUGUCAAGGUAACAGUGGAUGCCAUUUCCCAUCAAUUCUAUCCAAUCGAUGAGCUACCUCUUGAAAGUUAAUAGUCAAGUGUAUAUAUUAUUGUCAAAGAUCGCUUGAUGUUUAACUCACAGAUAGCAGUUGCUCUUAAAGGAACACGUUGCCUUGGAUCGAACGAGUUGGUCUUUGAAAAGCGUUUGAAACCGUGUGUUAUG